CUUCAUCGGCAUCAGAUCAUCUUUAAUCCAGACUUCUUUGUGGAGAAGCUGAGACAUGAGAAGCCUGAGGCAUUCACAGAGCUUGUGGUCAGCAACAUUACCCGAUUGAUCGACUUGCCUGGAGCAGAGCUAGCUCAACUGAUGGGUGAGGAAGAGCCCCAAUUGCCUGGUGGGGCUAGCAUUUCCUCAGGGUUUUUCCGUUCCUUGAUGUCUCUUAAACGCAAAGAGAAAGGGGUGGUAUUUGGAGCACCACUGACUGAAGAAGGCAUUGCUCAAAUAUCUCAACUCAUUGAGUAUUUGCAUAAGAAUUUGCGGACAGAAGGCUUGUUCCGAGUGCCAGGAAACAGUACCAGGCAACAGAACCUGAAAGAAGCUUUGAAUAAUGGGACAGAGAUUGACUUGGAUUCAGGCGAGUUUCAUUCCAAUGAUGUGGCCACUUUGUUGAAGAUGUUCCUGGGAGAAUUACCAGAGCCUUUGUUGACUCACAAACAUUUCCAUGCACACCUUAAAAUUUCAGACCUGAUGCAGUUUGAUGACAAGGGCAACAAGACCAACAUUCCAGAUAAAGAGCGUCAGAUUGAAGCACUGCAAUUGCUCUUCUUGAUCUUACCAGCUCCCAAUCGCAAUCUGCUCAAAUUGCUAUUGGAUCUGCUCUAUCAGACAGCCAAGAAACAGGAUAGGAACAAGAUGUCAGCACAUAACCUUGCUCUUAUGUUUGCACCUCAUAUUUUGUGGCCCCGAAAUGUGACUACCAGUGAUCUGCAGGAAAACAUUACCAAAUUGAAUAAUGGGAUGGCUUUCAUGAUCAAGCACUCACAAAAACUCUUCAAAGCUCCAGUAUAUAUCCGAGAAUGUGCCAGGCUGCAUUACUUAGACUCCAGAACUCAUGCCUCAAAGGAUGACCUGGACUUGCCAAUGCCCCAGAGUUUCAAAGACUUUCAGCUUCUGAAAUUCAAGAAGCGAGGGCUCUUAGAUCCUUCUGCCCACCAGGAAGACACGCAGCAGCAUACAGAAGAAGCGCUGAAAGAGCUUUUCUGCCAUGUGCAUAAUAUGCCAGACUCCGCCAAGAAAAAGAAGCUUAUUCAGCAGUUUCAGAAGCACCCUGAAGCCCUUACUCCUCAGACAGUUGUAUCCACACAGAUUCAGAAACGUGCCCGUACUCGUUCCUUCAGUGGCCUAAUCAAGCGUAAAGUGCUGGGAAGUCAAGUGAUUUUAGACAAAAAGAAAAACGAUACUGUUAUAGAAUCUGCAGGCACCAAGGAUUCAAAGCAUGGCAGUAAGGAGAACAUCAGCAUGAUACCUGCUUCUUCUCCAGCAAUUAAUGUGAUACGAGCUAAGCUGAAAUCUCUUGAGCACAGGAAAGAGGAUGCCUAUAAACAUACUUGAUUUCGUGGAACUUCAAAACAAGAGUCUUCCACUUGAGCUUCUACUUGAUGAUGUAUAUGUCCAAUGAAAAUUGCAAACCUGUGGAUAAUACCUGUUUACUCC